AUGAGACCUUUAAUAUAUUAUAAUAUUCAAAAUCUGGGAAUAGGUAAUCUUAAGGGUUUAAUGGAAGAUGAACCUAUUCCUGAUCGUUGGGAAAGGUAUUGGAGAACUUACGCUGUGUUUAGAUGGACAUUUAUUAUUUUGACUGCUAUUUGGAGAUUUGGUUUACUUUUUGAAAUUCCUUUCCAUGUUCUAAUUAUUUAUAAAACAAGAACAACUAACGAUGCAGUUUAUAUUGGAGCUAUUUUUGGUUAUAGUUGGUUCGGUUGUUUAAUUUUGUCUAGUACUAUAUUUUCCAAAUGGAUGCAAAUAUUAUUUGUGAACUGA